CACCUCUAGUAGCAAAUUCAUCCAUUCUGUACUAAAAACUAAUAAAAUAAUUUUGACGUUCACUAUCAAAAUUUUAUAAGUGACUGUCUAAUUGUGACAAUGGCAAGAAAGAAAAAAAUUGUACGGAGGAAGCGUAAUACUAAAAAGUGUACAAAAAAACAAAAAAAACCUAAAUACACAAAAAAACGAACUCAAUCUAGACCGAAAAAAUUUAGAUACGACCCCAAAAACGUGGUAAAAUUUCGAUGUCCAGUAAAAUGCUAUGAAAUAUGUCAUGACAAGUUCUUGACCUGUGAAGAAAUUGGCAAAUAUUUAACUAACAUGGAAAAAAAAUAUCCUGAAAGAUUACAAUUAGAAAUAAUAGGAACUUCGAUAGAAAAAAGACCAAUCUAUUUAGUAAUUAUAUCUGAUAAUUCUUAUGAUCAUGAAAAAAUGGCUACGUUAAUAGAAGCUGGAUCUGAUGGAUCUGAUCGGUUAGCAAUUGCAUCGGCGCUAUACCUCAUAGAUUUUAUCACGAAAAACAAAAGUUUAGUAAAGAUUACGAAUUUCAUAAUUCUACCAUGUUUAAACCCAGACGCUUAUCAUAAAACUAUCAAUAAGUGCCCAACAAACUCAACUCCUUUGAACUUAUCCUGUAAUUAUCCUUUGUUACUAGGUGUGAACUACAUGGGAGAUAUUAGUACGGAAGUAUUCUUGGAAGCUAUCGGAAAAUGGAAGCAAAAUCUUAAAUUCGAUUCACCGGUAACAAAAGCUUUUUACAACGUAUUAAAUAAUUUUGAAUCAUCGAUAAAAUUAUUUGUAUCUUUACAAGAAAACGGGAAAAGUCUCGUCUAUCCUUUUGGUUGUUCUACUGAAGAAGCGUUUGACGCAGCCGACCUUGAACAAGUAGCUCUGUCUGCUCAAUCUGUCACGAAACGUAUCAAUUUUGAGAUCGCGCCAUUGUGUGAUAUAUCCGGCAUAGUUUUCGGAUCUGUUAUUGAUUUUUUAAAAUUUUAUUACAGACAUAUUAAAUUUACGUAUAUCUUCAAUAUUAAAGAUAAGCACAAAGUUAGCAGAACUGGUGAUAUUUUGAUUUACGGAGACGAUAUUCUGCGUUGUAUCAAAUCUUUGGCAAAAAAUGUAUUUAUGAUUUAUAACAGACUGAAUAGUAAAUAUAAGUGCAAUUAA